UUGAUGCCAUUUUGUUUUGGGCCCACGAAUCUUGCUUUGGAUGCAGAGAGACACUUAAUCUUUGCGAAAAGAAAACCUCGAGCCUUGGACCAUUCAUCAUGUUGUACCUCGUCGGUCUCGGCCUGGCUGAUGAGACGGAUAUCACGGUCAAAGGUCUCGAAGUUGUAAAACGGGCAGAACGUGUUUACCUUGAAGCCUACACGAGCAUACUGCACGUAGGCAAGGAGAAAUUGUUCCGGUAGGAGUCCUUUUAUGGUAGACCCGUGAUCGUUGCGGACCGUGAGAUGGUCGAAUCCUCUAGCGAUGAAAUCCUUGAAGACGCAGACAAAUCAGACAUAGCCUUCCUGGUUGUCGGCGAUCCAUUCGGAGCCACGACACAUACUGACCUCGUCCUUCGAGCUAAAGAGCUUUCCAUACCCACGAAAUCGAUCCCCAACGCCUCCAUUCUGAACGCAAUCGGCGCCACGGGACUGCAAUUGUACAAUUUCGGCCAAACAGUAUCGAUGGUCUUUUUCACCGACAAUUGGAGACCAGCCAGCUUUUAUGAUCGCAUUCGUGAAAAUGCUUCCAUUGGUCUGCACACAUUAAUGCUGUUGGACAUCAAGGUUAAAGAGCAGUCACUGGAAAACAUGGCAAGAGGAAGGAAAAUCUACGAACCACCCAGGUACAUGACCGUAGCUCAAUGCGCUCAGCAGAUGCUUGAGAUUGAGGAAGAGAAGGGGGGGAAAGUCUACAACGAAGACAGUCUGGCCAUUGGAUGUGCUCGAGUCGGCGCAGAGGAUCAGAGAUUUGCCUGUGGUACGCUUAAAGAGCUCUGUGAUAUUGAACUUGGCCCUCCACUUCAUAGCCUGGUGCUACUUGGUAAGAGAGCGCAUGAGCUCGAGAGGGACUAUAUCAGACUAUUCGCUGUCAACGAAGGGACAUUCGACCGGAGCUGGAAGAAAUAUCACGACACGAAAUAAUGUAGGGCAGGACACAUCAACAACAGUGCCUGCUCCCAAAAUUCCCUCCAAGACUCGCGCCGACGCCGUCUCCACACGCCUUGCAGAUUGAGCCUGCCACUUCAGAAGUUACCUCGAUGGAUCUAGGAGCGAGGCGUAUCUAGACGGUAACCCACGGCCAGCUGAGGGCUUGGAUUGAAAUUGGCACGGAUUCGCCUGAGUUCUACCGCUGUUCGCUCAGGCUCAAGUUCCAGCAUUGAAAUUGGGGCUCCUGACUUUGUGUAAUGGCCACUUCUGCCAAACAACGGAAUGCAUAGCAAGGUGCGCACCUUGCAGCUCUCAUGCAGACCAUGAGUGAGCCCGCAGGAUAUGCUCCUGUUCAUCCCUCCGAUCAUCGAGGCUGGGACCGCUGUUUGGUAGUCGACGCAAUCCGGGGGUACACUGCCGAACAGUACCCAGUAUCUCUUAACAAACUGAAUGAGCUCAAGUCUGCUAUCGUUCUCAAACAUCAACUGAUUGAUUAUGUCCCAAGUCUCUUCUGAAUCCCACAAUAUUGUAUUUUAGCCUUGGGACAGGG